UGCAUAACCCUAUGGGCAGGCUAACAUAUCUAUUCAAAUACUUAUCUGCGGCCAUGUAUUCAGAUUAGCGGCGUUUAUGAUUUUCGUUUGAAACACAAACAACGGAUAAGACUGUAUCAGCUUUAAUUUAGUGAUAAAAUCGAGCAACACAACCCCGCCAAGUCAGCUCCGAGCCACAAAGAGACCUGCCAUUGAUACUGUCCCCCACCCGAGUAUAGACCCCCAGUUGUUCGACGUCUUUUGUUGGUUUCACAUCUACACUACGGUUCUGCGGAUUCUGCCCACCUGUACUUUUGUUUACCUUUUCUCGCGGAUCUGUUCGAUGUGCGUGAUAUUCUUCUGUGCCGAUUCCCAGCCCCUGGCGGGCGGCUAUAAGCUCAUCCUAGCCUCCAAUCGGGAUGAGUUCUUUGCCAGGAACACCCAGACGGCAGCCAAGUGGAGCAAUGCCGAGCAUGUCUAUGGUGGCAUAGACUUGGAACCGGGCCGCGAGGGUGGCACCUGGCUGGCCAUAGGUCACUCUGGAGGGGUCUUCAAGGUGGGGGCUCUUCUAAACCUAACCGGAGAACCCAAACCCCGCGAUGCAGUUGCGCCCAAGAACAUUUUGCAACCGCAUAAUCACAACAACAGCAAUUGCAAUGCCAAGAACCACCACCACAGCUCCACCUCAGUCUCAGAUACCACCAAUACCACUAUUCCUAGCACCACCACCAAGACUCAGACUCACUGCCCCUCGAGUAAUGAUCAUUUCUUACUAGGACGCGGCAUGAUUGUGGCCGAUUUCGUGGCCCAGCCGGACGACCAGCACAGUAUCCUCAACUACAAUCAGAGUCUGCUCAAGGAUUGCACCAAGUACAGUGCCUUUAACUUUGUCUCCAUUGAGAUUGGAGCCUCAUCGCUGCCCGCCCGCGUCAAGCUGCUGAGCAACGUGCCCCCCACUCUGGAGGACUUCGAGAACGGCGGCUGCUACGGAUUCGGCAACAGCCUGCCACAUACGCCCUUCGAGAAGGUGCGCCACGGCCGGGACGAGUUCGAGACGAUUGUCCAGGAGCACGGGACGGCCAGUGUGGAGACUCUCGCCGACCACCUGCUGCAGUUGCUCAAGAAGAAGCACAAAUUCUGGCCGGACGUGGAGCUGAAGCGUCGUGCCCCCAACUGGGGCGAGGGACUGAGCUCCCUGAACGUGCACAUACCGGAGCAUGGCUAUGGGAGUCGCACCCACACGGUGAUCCUGGUGGAUGGCGACAACAAGAUGCACUUCAUUGAGGAGACAAUGGCGGGCCUGGACCCGGAGGGCGAGUGGCAAAGGACGCACAUCGUCAAGGACUUUGAGAAGGACAUGUGAUAGAGAUUAGGGAGUACUCUGUAUCCUGGCAUUUACGAAAAAACACACACAAUAAUAAAUUGGUUGUAACUUA